AUGGCGGAUCAUCAUCCAAACAUUAAUAUUAAUGGUGAAGAAGAAACGCUGUGUGUCAUUCCAAUAGUAGCAGGGUCGGAGUAUGUCGCCACUGAAACACUAGCAAAGCUCAUCUUCGAUGAUGAGUCAAUAAAGUCACAUUUUGAUUUCAGAUUUUGGGUUAAUAUUGGUCUUGACGUGAAAAGAGUUGUAAAAGAAAUAGUUGAACUGUCUCCUAGUAGAAGAAGAAGUACUAUUAUGGGUGGUGGUGGUGGUGAUAUAACAAAUUGGAACAAUUUACAGCACAUGUUAGAAGAGAUUUUGAGUGGGAAAAGGUUUUUACUUGUAUUGCCUCACAUGUGGGUCUCACGGUCUUAUGUGGAAAAAUAUAAAGAAAGGUGGGAUAAUUUAAUAACUUUGUUAAGAGUUGGCUCCAAAAGAAGCGCAAUUAUUGUAACAACACGGUCUUAUGUUGAUGCAUUUUUAAUAGUGGGGGCAAUUCCUUCAUAUGAAUUAAGUGAACGAUCAUCACUAGAAUCAAAAUGGGCAUUGUUCAGGAGAAAUGCAUUUGCAUUUGGGAGCAGAGAAGGUGGUGCUGUGGAAACUCCAGAUCUGGUCAGAAUAGGAUUGGAACUUGUUAAAUUAGGCCCAGUUAAUAUGUGGGCGAUAACAAUUCUAGGUGCCAUGAUGCACUUCAAGACAAAUAUAGAAGAAUGGACAACUGUCCUAAAUACUAUGAAAACACUACGUAGCAGUGGCCAUUUACCUAAUGAUUCCACGCUGAUGAUUUGUUACAAUGAGAUGGAGUCACCAUUGAAACUAUGCUUUGCAUAUUGUUGUUCAGUAUUUCCCAGGAAUUUUAUAAUUGAGAAGAAGAAAUUGAUUCAACUGUGGAUGGCUCAAGGUUUCCUAGAACAACCAUCAUCAUCAUCAUCCAUUAACAAUGGUGGUGGAGAUCAUGAUGAUGUAAUAUUAAUGGAGGAGGAGGAUAUAGGCAAUGCAUAUUUCAAAUCAUUGAGGCUGCGUGUACUUGAACUUAAACACGUCAGCAAAGAUGAGUUCCCAUCCUCAAUUGGAGAGUUAAUACACUUGAGAUUUCUUCAAAGAUUGCCUAAAGGAAUGAUAAAACUGAUCAACUUGAGGCAUCUAGAAUUUGAAGGAAGGCUGAGCAUUCCAAAAGGUAUAGGGCAACGUCUGAGUAACCUUCGAACCUUAUCUUCAUUUAAGGUGGGAGGCAAUAACAUUAAUAAUGAAGCUGGUAUUGAAGAGUUGGGAUGUCGAAGUUUGAGUUUAAUCAGUCUUGAUAAUGUGAAAAAUGGAGCAAAUGCUAAAGCAGCAAAUUUGAAGGGGAAAGAAAAACUCCAAGAGUUGACAUUAGAAUGGGAAGUAGAUUGGCAUGUUUGUACCAAAAAGGAUAGCACCAAAGAAGACGAUGUCCUUGAAGAGCUCCAGCCUCAUCCAAAUCUACUUCUUUUGAGGAUACUACGUUUCAAUGGCACCAAGCUCCCUACAUGGUUGAAUGGGAGUUCGUAUCUCUCGAAUUUACAGGAACUAUGUAUUUACUCAUGUCACCAUGUGGAGUCUUUGGAUUUGAUAGACUUAAGGUCCCUUCGGAAACUGAUGAUUUCAUAUUGUGAAAAGAUGGAGUAUGUAGGAAUGGAGGGUCACGUGGCCUUGGAGCUUGUGGAAUUUAAGGGAUGUGAUAAGCUUAAAUCUCUUGGAGCGAAGGAGAGAAGCUUUUGCAAUUCACUAAAGACACUGCAAAUAGAAAAUUGUGCAAAUCCAAUGGUUUUGAGUAAGGGCAUUGAACAAUUUUCAAUGCUUGAACAAUUGCUGAUAGAAAAUUGUUCAAAUUUGGAGGAACUACCAAAGGGCAUAGGACAACUCACAUCUCUUCAACACUUUGAAAUUAGGGAAUGCCCUAAGCUCAUGUUUUUAUCAGAACAGGUGCAACACUGGAGAUCACUAAAAACAAUGAGUAUAGUUGGUUGUAAAAUUCUAAGGGUUUCAAAAAUGGGGAUUGCGGAACUUACAUCACUUCAAGAGUUGGAGAUCAAUGGAUGUGAUUUAUUGUUCUCUUUUCCAGACGAGAUGGAAAAAAUGAAGUCACUACAAAUGCUGAAGAUUGAGCGGUGUUCAAAUUUGAUGGAUCUGCCUGUAGGUCUGGGGAACCCUUCAUCCCUUGAAGUAUUGGAAAUUUCAAGUUGUAAUAACUUGGUAUCUUUGCCUGAAGGGAUGCAACACUUGAAAAAACUAGACAGGCUGAAGCUAAAAGGUUGUGAUAAUUUGAGAAUAUUACCAGAGGAAUUGGGGAAUCCCUCAACCCUUCGUGUGUUGGAUAUAAUUGGUUGUCCUAAUCUAACAUCUUUACCAGAGGGCUUGGGAAAACUCACAACCCUCGGUCGGUUGGAAAUAACUGAUUGUGUCAAUCUAACAACUCUACCAGGGGGUUUGGGAAAACUCUCAUCACUUCGAUCUUUGUACAUCCAGAGAUGCCAUAAUUUAGAAUCAUUUCCCGACGCUCUGCAACAGAUGACAUCCUUACGCGUGCUUUGGUUGAUCGAGUGUCACAAACUAAAAAAAUUGUCCAGCGGGCUUAGAUCUCUCUCAGGACUUGAGAAGUUGACCGUUUGGGGAUGUCAUAACCUCACCGAGCUUUUGCCUCCUCAGUGUAUUCAGAACCUGAAAUCAUUACGAGAGCUAACCAUUUCGCAUUGUUCGAAAUUAGAAAUCCUACCGGAUGGAUUGGAGGACCUCUCGUCACUGAAAGAGUUGGUUAUUUGGAAAUGUCCCAAAUUGAAGUCUUCUUCAGAGAAGGUUACAAAACAACUAAAAGGGAGAUAUUUACGAAAACUGGAGAUAAAAGAUUGUCCUAACCUGGGAGCUGACACUACAAUGAACUAUAG